AGAUCUAUCUGGUUGAAGUUUCUCCCUGUCCAAACUCAAUUCUUCCAUUGAUUAUCAAUCCGUUGCCUGCAACUAUGGCCGACGAGGUUCUCGGGGGCGUUGUGGAGUCUGUCACCGGACACCUUGUUUCCCUCGUCUCCCAAGAGAUCAGACUAGCGUGCGGCGUCAGAGCUGAGCUCGUGAAACUCCAGACCACUGUCUCUAUCAUCGGUGGAAUGCUUCGUGAGGCUGACAAGAGACGAGUUGAGGCUGAGUAUGUGAAGGAAUGGCUCAAGAAGCUGAAAGAGUUGUUCUACGAUGCGGAUGAUCUACUGGAUGACUUCUCUACUGAAGUUUUGCGACGUCGAAGAGUGACGGGAGGACUUAACUGGAUCCUCAAUGAGGUGCGUAUCUUUUUCUCCUCUUCCAACCAGCUCCUUUAUCCGAGUGAGAUGGCUCAUCGAGUCAAGGAGAUUAGGGAGAGGAUCGAUGCAAUUUGGAAUGAUAGAAGCGCCUAUUUUCAGCUCGAGGGAAAUAGUAAUCUUAUGGGGAGUUUGGUGGAAAGCCGAGCUAGGCCGGAAACUAUUCCGUUCAAGUCUGACCCGUAUGUGAUUGGACGAGACAAGGACAAGGAGACAGUUAUUGAGUUCUUACUCAAUCCUGAUUUUGAGGAGAAUGUUUCCGUCCUCCCAAUCGUGGGUGUGGGAGGUCUAGGGAAAACGACAUUGGCAAGACUUGUGUUCAACGAUGACAAGGUGAAGGAAUAUUUCGAGAUGAGGCUAAUUUGGGUCUGUGUGUCAAUCCACUUCCAUGUGGAGGAUAUUGUGAGGAAGAUAGUACGAGAAUGCUCCCCUAACAAAGAAGGAAUUUCAAAUCUCGACAUGAAUGAGUUGCAAAAAAGGCUGGGAGAAUGGCUCCAUGGAAAGAAGUUCUUACUUGUUUUAGAUGAUGUGUGGAAUGAAAACCGGUCUAAAUGGUUGGAACUUCGAGAAUUUCUCAUGAGCGGUGUCAAAGGAAGUAAGAUAUUGGUGACCACUCGCUAUCCUCGAGUGGUGGAAACAAUGACUCGAAAAUUUCAUAAAUUGAGUGGCUUACCUAACAAUGAGUCGCUCUCUUUGUUGAUGCAAAUGGCGAUGAAGGAGGAGCACGAGUGGAAAGGUCAAAAUCUAGAAAAGAUUGCGGGAGAAAUUGUGAAGAAGUGUGCGGGAGUUCCCCUUGCAAUUAAGACGAUUGGGCGAUUGUUAGUGUUCUCUGGAAGUACCGAAGAAGAUUGGUUGAAUUUCAAGGAUAAUGAUCUAUCUUCUAUAGAUCAAGAAGAAAGUGACAUUAUGCCAACGCUUAAGUUGAGUUACGAUUUUUUGCCAUUGCAUUUGAAACCGUGCUUUGCUUAUUGCAGCUUAUUUCCGCAAGAUUAUGAGCUAGAACCACGGGAGCUUGUCUAUCUCUGGAUGGCACAAGGAUUUAUUAAUAAACCUCUAGGCAGUAAGAAAACCCUCGAAGAAGUAGGUUACGAUUAUUUCAGGGAGCUGCUUUCCAGAUCCUUUUUCCAAGACAUAGAAGAAGAUGUGUACGGCGACAUUAUGAGGUGUAGAAUGCAUGAUCUGAUGCAUGAACUCGCACGGCUAGUAGCAGGAAAGAAUUACAUCGCCAUUGAUAGCUCACAUGAAGAGAGGUUCCAAGAAGAAGCUCGACAUGUAACUACCAAUGAUCCGAAUGUGUUGAAUGGAUUUGCAACAGACAGAAGAAUAAGGUCCAUGUUUCUUAUAGUUGAAAAGAGGAUUCAUAUUGCUCGUUUGGAUGUUUCAUGUUUUAGAAGCCUACGGGCACUACGUAUUCGUCGUGCCGGUAUAAAGGUGAUUUCACGUUCCAUUGGUAAACUCAAGCAUUUGAGGAGCCUUGAUCUAUUGGGUAAUAAUGAGUUAAGGUGUCUUCCGAAUUCCAUAAGCAGGUUGUGCAAUUUGGAGAGCCUUAUUCUCACAGUAUGUCGGGAUCUAGAAGGAUUACCAAGUGGGAUAACGAAGUUGGUCAAUUUGAGGCAGCUCAGUGUGGAGGGAUGUGAUAAGUUGACACAUAUGCCAAGGGGGAUUGGGAAAUUGACUAGUCUGCAAAGGUUAGAUGUAUUUGUAGUAGGGGAGGAAUCGAACCAAAAUGCUGCAGGGCUAAACGAGCUGAGCAGACUUACCGGAUUGAGGAAAGAACUGACUAUUGAAGGAUUAGAAAGAGUGGGGAGUAGUAGUAUUUCGAGCGAGGUGGAUGCUUCCUUCUCGAUGGAGAAGUUAGCUGAUCUUCAAUGUUUGGAACUAUGUUGGUCCACCCAAGACAGGGAUACGAGCAAUGACGAAGAAGUUUUGGAAAAACUUCGACCCCAUUCAGAUGUGAAGGGAUUGAGGUUAUAUGGAUACGGUGGUGUCAGACUUCCAUCGUGGGUCUCUCAACUGCAUAGAAUAGUCGAGAUUGAGAUUAAACAAUGUCAGGGAUGCAGGCAGCUACCACCUAUAGAUCAGCUCCCUUCCCUCAAAAGAAUCUGCUUGUAUGAUUUGAGGAAUUUGGAGCAUAUAGAAUUAUCGGAGGGUGGGACGAUGCCACAGUCUAAUUUCUUUCCAUCCUUGGAAGAAAUAACGCUAUGGGGAUUGCCUAAAUUCAAGGGAUGGGAGUGGGAGAGGAGGGGCAAUAGAAUUGAAGAGGAGGAUGGCGAUUCUUCUUCUUCUUCUUCUUCUUUGUUAAUACUCCCCUGCUUCUCCGACAAGGUCAAGGUUAACAUUGAUUAUUGCCCAAGAUUCUCUUACAUGCAGCAUGGUCAACAGCUAUUUCUUCACCAACACGAUCCAGUAUUUCUUCCCCUUGGCCCUCAACGAUCGAUGGCAGUGCUGGUGCCGACUGAUCCAUAUCCAUCUCCAUCUCCAUCGACCAUAUCCGAUUCUCUAUCUCUCACCGCACUGACAUCCCUCUCCAUCAGCGAAAUUGAGGAUGCAGAGCACUUGCCCGGGGAGUUGUUCCAGUCCCUCCCAUCUCUCCAGUCUCUUAUAAUCAGUAAUUGCCCUCGCCUUAAAGCACUCCCUCUGGGGGCAAUCCUCCGAUACGUAUCCACCCUUGAGACGCUGAAAAUUUCUGAUUGCCCAGAGCUUGAUUUAUCCACCGAGAAUGAUGACGACAACGACGAUGGUGGUAAUGCUGAAGGCAUGACCGAUCUUUUGCAGCUACAGGGCCAUCAUAAACUUCGCCAUCUAACUAUCCAAGGAGUUCAUAAGACGGAGUGUUUGCCUGGGUGGUUCCAGUACCUCUCCAACCUCCAAAUUUUAACCAUUAGAGAUUGCAAGGGCUUGAAGUCUCUUCUGCCUGGAAGACUGAUUCUUUCGCUUCUCACCACCCUCCAGAACUUGACUUAUCAAUAGGGGAGUCAGAAGACAUGCCGAUGGCGGCUUAUUCUCAGUUCAAUAAACUUCGCAAGUUGGAAUUCUACGACAUAAAAAAAAUGGAGACUCUCCCGUGGUGGAUUCAACACCUCACUAACCUUGAAUCUUUAGAGAUCAACUCUUGCGAGAAUCUGAAGGCUUUGCCUGAGUGGUUUCCCAAUCUCACCUCACUCAAACAUCUUGGGAUUUAUUCCUGCGGGGAGGAGCUGACAAGAAGGUGCCAAAUAGAAAAACGGAGGAGGAGAGGACUGGCCUAAGAUUUCUCACAUCCCGCAUGUAGAAGUAAGAAGAUGACUGAAGUGUGAUGGAUCCUCCCUCACUCACUGCCUCCAAUAAAUUUCUUGUCUAAUAUUACGAGUCAAAAAGGAGUGGACCAUCCCUCAUUCUCCAUCCUUUUACGUGUGCUGCCACUUGCACUUGAGAAUAGUCGCAUACAUUUUUCACAAUAACUAAAAAUAAAAGAAAAAAGUGAACGGAUCGAUAAGACUCAUUAGCGUCAUGGCCUUCUCUUUUACCAUUUCGGUCCGAUUGCAUUUGCAGGAGUCAUCGGUGUUAGAUCAAUUGAAUGUGGUGUUGACUCUAUACGAGCUAUAGCACUAGUAAUCUGUGGCAGCUUUUCCAUUCUCCUAAUGAAGAGUUUUCUGUGCUAAAUCUAAUUUGAACAUUGUUGUAGCUCGUGGUUGUUCGCGCCGACUUGAAUGGGCACCUCAAGUCUGUAUGAGACUAUUCCCUUCUCUAGCAAAGGGAGAUGUCUUCCAGGUGGGAGAUGCUUAAAUCAUUUGGUUUUUCAUCAAAUUCUUUCUUUUUAUUUGUUGUCUGCAGGAGACCUUUUUGUCCCAAUAUAGAAAUUUCAUAGUUUACUUGUUUCUUGUACGUAGCUUUUGAAAGUGGAUGCUCUUUACUCGAUUCAGUCUUCAAAUGUUUCAGCUAGUGGAUUGUUGUAACAUGAAGUCCAAAAUUCUAUAUCUCUUAUGCAAAUGUCCAAAGGCUCUCAAAAAGUUUAAGGGUUCACACGCCAGUUUCUUUUCCAGAAGGAGCCAUUAGUAGACUUAAAGCUGAGCAGACUCCGAAGAUGAUUUACUUCCACAGUCUGAGGCUGAUAAGAUUGAAGCAAUGCUUCGAGACUGAAAGGAGUCCUUGGAGUUUCAUAAGAGAUCGUUUGAAUGUGCUGUUGACUCUAUACGAGCUAUAGCAGCCAGUCAUCUUUGGCAGCUUCUGGUUGUUCGUGCUGACUUGAAUGGGCAGCUUAAGGCUCCAAAAGACUGUUUCCUUCUAGCAAAGGGAGAUUUCUUCCAGUGCUUUCUUGAGGAAAGUCGGCAACUGAUGCGCUUGGCACCUCGUCGGUCAACUCCUGAAGCUGAACUUAUGGUCCCCUUUCAGCUGGCAACAAUAAAGACCAUAAAUGAGGAAGACAAAUAUUCAAGAAGUGCUCUCCAAGUUGAUGUCAUAGAAUCCCAAUGGAAUGUUUUGCAAGGACGCAUUCACGACUCUUAUGACUUCACGGAACUCGUACGGUUCCAUCAAGAGUACUUGUCGACUUUAAUUUCAAAGUCAUUCUUAGAUACUGGUUCUGUGUUGAGGAUACUGACAGCAUAAUGAAACUACGCCCCCAGUUCUACUGGAACAUUGAGAACCAAGAAAGCUUCACAAAUUCAUCUGAACUGGAGCACAUUACAGAGUUCUUAAAGAUAUUGGCUCUGUGUCGAGGAUAUUGGACAACAUAAUGAAACUAUGCCUCCAAUUCUGCUAGAACAUUGAGAACCAAGAAAGCUUCACGCAUUCAUUUGAACUGGAGCACAUUACAGUGUUGGAGAGAAGCAAGUCUGAUAUGGAUUGUGUGGUUCUGAAGACCACGGUUGACCACCAACAGGGAUAGUGUUUCCGCUGAAUCGCUUGAAUUUGUAGCCUCAAAGCAUCCCAGAACAGAAGUCGUCGCUGAUGAAAUUAGGAUUUCCAGAACAAGCACAGAUGAAGAGCUUCAUCAGGAAUUAGCUGAGCUGCAGAGAGCAGCGCCUCUUAAGGAUGAGGUUUCAAGCUGCAAGCCUAUUGAGAGCACGGGAGAAGAUAUAUUAGUUGCAGAUACUCUGUCACGACCUUCACUGACUGUCUCAGAUGUUAAAGUUCCUUGCUCUAGUCGAAAGAUAUUUUCCAAGUUACAAUAUUCUUUUCAUGACUUACUAGCACGAAUGCAGAAGAAAUUGUUAAGAUUACAGUCCAGUGGCUAUACAAGCAAAGAGCAAAUCCGAAAAGGUCUAAUAUACAUCUUCAUAUGUACAUUCAUCGGAGUUUACGCUAUAUUUCUUACUUUAGAGUUAUUAAUGGUCAUUUAGCUACUAUGCUGCUGCAACACUUGAACUUUCCCACCCAGAGAAUGAGGAGCGAAAAGCAAGGGCUUUAGCUGCAACCACGGCUGAACUUGAAUGGCGAUUCGACAAAAAAGAUUUUGGUCGAAUGAAGGUAAUUGGGCAAUUCAAUCUUGGGUUUAUCGUUGGAAAGUUGGAUGAAGAUUUAUUUAUUGUAGAUCAGACCAGUUUACAGUCGACAGCAGGAAUGGAGCAAAAUCAGAUUAGUCGUUACCUUUAAGCAAUCAUCCUCGAGAUGACAAAGUUUACGGAAGCCAAGCAACCUCAAGUCAAACAGAUACUAGUGAAAAAUAUGUAGAGAGGAGAACGCGUUCAUCUUCGCUCAUGAGUUGGACCUCCUUCCUGUAGAGAAAACGAGCUGCCUCAGAUUUCCCAUAACGGUGGAUCUGUCUUCUAUUUCAAAACCAUGAAGUGAAGAUCAAUGGGGAAGUCUCUCGGUUUACAUAGUCUGGACUCUCAAUGCAGCUAGAGAUGCACAAACUUGUUAGAUAUGGGCAGGCAUUGCACACCAUCUGUAUGCUCCUAACCGAUCAGCAAUUAAACACUCAGUAUGGACAA